CACACAGCUGACCAAUAUCCAGGCUUCGCAGGCAUGGUGACCGCCGUGGCAGCAUGGUCAAUCUGGGGAAGCGAUGUGUUCCCUGCCGAGACCGAUCCCAAAGGCAAUCCUGAAUCCUGGACUGAAGAUGAGAUGAGAAGAUGGCUGCGCGCAAGAGGUCUUUUGCCUAGCGACAAUGCAACACGCGAUGAAUUGUUAGAAAGAGUCAAAGCAAAUCUGCGUAUACCACGCAAAACUCAAUCUGCAGCGUCGCAGUCUUGAUGCUGCCGAAAAUGUGGUUUCCGAUCUCUCACUGAAAGAUGAAUUUUGAUCAAUUCGAUACUCCCUCGCUCAUUACUUUAUGUGACGACCUGAUCUACAUCCUUUAAUGACUCAUGUUUUCAAUUUGACUUGUCAUUUCUUCUAUUUGUACAUGUCAACGGAGCAAGAAAUCUCCCAUACCUCGUAAUAUCGUAACAGCUCAUGAUUAUCAUAUUCACCCACGCUGGGCACUUUAGUCCAUCACACACCAUUUCGACCAAACGGCAAAAUCAAACAACCAAACGGAAAUUCUGGCUCUGAAUCAGCCAGUCUCGCCGGCGCUUACGAUCAGAGCUCGGGUUUGGCACCAGCACGAACGUCUCGCUGAACCCGCGCGGCAGCAAGUCGCGGUUCUCUCCAUACCGCACGUUUCCACUGGCCAUGACGAGGAUAGACAUGUCCUUAACGGUCAUCUCGGAGGUGGGCUUGAGGCCUGUGGCGGUCGUGGUCGGGUAUGCGCGGUUGAUGAUCUGGCAGUCAAAGGACUGCACUUCGUAGAAUGCCUCGGGCAUCUGGUUCAGGAAGAUAUCCUGUACGGCGGCGCCAUCGGCAACCGUAUUGCCGUUGAAGAGGAUACUCGUGGGUGUAGGCAGGUAGAAGGAGGCGAUGGAACUGCGGUCGUUCUUCAGCGCAGGGUAGAAGCUGUUGAUCAGCUCGGUGGCGGC